ACGAAUUUAAAUGCUUGAUUGCUGUCGUUUAGUGUAGUUAUUGAUGGCGAAAUCGCGUCAACAUCUUCCCAGCCAAGAUAUAUCAAUGUCAUCGACUUCCUCUAGGUCAAGAGACUGGGACGGCCCCUCGAGAUGGACUGAGUACCUCUGCUCUGAUACGAAUUCUCCUGCCACAACCCGGGCCUCUAGGAAUGUGGGUCAUGAUGAACAGGUCCAGAGCACAAGUGGAUCCCAGAAGGGUCUAAAUAUGCAGUGGGUAGUUCAACUUAACGAAGUUGCGGACGGCCUGAUGGCCAAAAUGUAUAGACUAAACCAGAUCCUUGACUACCCGGAUCCUGUUAAUCAUCUGUACACAGAAUCAUUCUGGAAAGCAGGCUUGUUGCCCAAUCAUCCGAGAAUAUGUUUGUUGCUCUCGAAGAAGUUUCCAGAACAUUUCAGCAAACUACAGCUUGAGCGUGUUGACAAAGUUGCCUUGGAUGCCUUGCAUGAUGAUGCCGAAGUUCAUCUGCAAAAUUUGGAACCAUGGAUUCAGCUCCUUCUGGACUUGAUGGCAUAUCGAGAACAAGCUCUGCGACUUAUUCUGGAUCUCAGCAGUACAGUGAUUACCCUGCUGCCACAUCAGAAUUCACUUAUUCUGCAUGCUUUUAUGGAUCUCUUUUGUUCGUUUGUCCGUGUCAAUCUCUUCUCUGAGAAGCUACCCAGAAAAAUGAUGCUGCAAACUUACAACCUUGUACACUCAAUGGCAAGAAAUGAGCGAGACUGUGACUUUUACUAUAGGUUAGUGCAGUUCAUAGACUCUUAUGAUCCACCAUUGAGAGGACUGCAAGAGGACCUAAAUUUUGUCAGCCCACGCAUUGGGGAGGUCUUAGAGGCUGUAGGUCCUAUAAUUUUUCUCUCUACAGAUACAAGGAAACUAAGGAAUGAGGGAUUCUUAAGUCCAUAUCAUCCGAGAUACCCAGAUAUACUAACCAAUUCUGCUCACCCAAUGAGAGCACAAGAUCUUGCAAAUGUUACUUCCUAUAGGGAGUGGGUUUUGCUGGGUUAUCUUGUUUGCCCUGAUGAGCUGCUUCGUGUUACAAGCAUUGAUAUUGCUCUGGUAGUACUGAAGGAAAAUUUGAUCCUCACACUAUUCAGGGAUGAGUUCGUGCUAUUGCAUGAGGAUUACCAAUUGUACGUCUUACCAAGGAUACUAGAAUCAAAGAAGUUGGCAAAAUCUGGUCGUACAAAGCAAAAAGAAGCAGAUCUGGAGUAUAGCGUUGCAAAGCAGGUUGAGAAAAUGAUCAGUGAAGUGCAUGAGCAAGCACUAUACUCUUGUGAUGCUAUUCACCAGGAAAGAAGAAUACUGUUAAAACAAGAGAUUGGAAGAAUGGUGCUGUUUUUCACUGAUCAGCCUAGUUUAUUGGCGCCAAACAUACAGAUGGUGUUCUCUGCCUUGGCUUUAGCUCAAUCUGAGGUUCUUUGGUACUUCCAGCAUGUAGGGAUUGUAUCCUCAAAAUCGAAAAGCACUCGUGUGGUGCCAGUAGAAAUAGAUCCAAGUGAUCCAACUAUUGGGUUUUUAUUAGAUGGAAUGGACCGCUUGUGCUGCUUAGUGCGCAAGUAUAUUGCAGCAAUACGAGGGUAUGCGUUAUCAUAUCUAUCUUCAUGUGCCAGUAGAAUUCGGUUCCUACUAGGUACUCCAGGAAUGGUGGCUCUUGAUCUGGGUCCAAACUUGAAAGGACUCUUUCAGCAGAUUGUUCAGCACCUUGAAAAUAUACCAAAACCUCAGGGUGAAAAUAUUUCUGCCAUAACGUGUGACCUAUCUGAAUUCCGAAAGGAUUGGUUGUCGAUAUUGAUGAUUGUCACGUCUUCACGGUCAUCAAUAAACAUAAGACAUUUGGAGAAAGCUACUGUUUCUACAGGGAAGGAAGGUUUACUGUCUGAAGGGAAUGCAGCAUACAAUUGGUCGAGGUGUGUUGAUGAGCUGGAGCUUCAAUUAUCAAAGCAUGGAAGUCUUAAAAAGCUCUAUUUCUACCAUCAGCACCUUACCGCAGUAUUUAGAAACACUAUGUUUGGACCAGAAGGACGUCCUCAGCAUUGUUGUGCAUGGCUGGGAGUUGCUAGCAGCUUCCCAGAAUGUGCUUCUCCAAUUGUCGCAGAAGAGGUAACUAAAAUUGGUCGAGAUGCAGUUCUUUAUGUUGAAUCCCUCAUAGAAUCAAUUAUGGGAGGAUUAGAGGGAUUAAUUAAUAUUCUUGAUUCAGAAGGGGGCUUUGGUGCUCUAGAGACUCAGCUUCUUCCGGAGCAGGCUGCUUUUUAUAUGAACUAUGCAACAAGAGUUGCAGUCCCUUCAGCAAAAUCUCCAAAAGGACCUCUAGGUUUUCUUUUGCCAGGGCAUGAAAGCUAUCCUGAGAACACUAAUUCAAUUAAAAUGUUAGAAGCUGCAAUGCAGAGGCUGACCAAUUUAUGCUCAGUCUUAAAUGAUAUGGAACCAAUUUGUGUUCUAAACCAUGUAUUUGUUCUAAGAGAGUACAUGAGAGAAUGCAUCCUCGGAAACUUCAGGAGGCGACUGCUUUCUCUACUGAAAACUGAUAAUGAUCUGAAUCGUCCCAGCAUCAUGGAAUCCCUGCUUCGAAGACAUGUCAGCAUAGUCCACCUAGCAGAGCAGCACAUCAGCAUGGACCUCACUCAGGGUAUUCGAGAAGUUCUACUCACAGAAGUCUUUGCUGGACCUGUUUCUUCUCUGCACUUGUUUGAGAGACCCGCAGAGCAACAUACAGGAUCUGCAACUGAGGCCGUAUGCAACUGGUAUAUCGAGAAUAUAGUUAAGGAUAUAUCUGGUGCUGGAAUCCUGUUUGCUCCAAUUCAUAAUUGCUUCAAGAGCACUAGACCUGUUGGAGGAUAUUUUGCCGAGUCAGUAACUGAUCCAAGAGAAUUACGAGCAUUUGUUCGCAUAUUUGGUGUCUAUGGUGUUGACCGCCUAGACAGGAUGAUGAAGGAACAUACUGCAGCGCUGUUAAAUUGCAUUGACACGUCACUGAGGUCAAACCGUGAGAUCCUGGAGGCUGUUGCUGGUAGCAUGCACUCAGGUGAUCGAAUAGAAAGAGAUGCCUGUUUAAAACAGAUUGUGGAUAUGGACACUUUGAUUGGAUUCUGUGUUCAGGCGGGUCAAGCCCUAGCUUUUGAUCGGCUACUUGCUGAAGCAGCUGGAACUGUGCUUGAAGGAGGUGCACCACUUAUCUACUCAUUACUUGGUGGGAUAGUUAAACAUAUACCUGAUGAAAUACCAGAAAAGAAAGAAAUUAGAAGGGUAAGAGGGUUGGCAAACAGUAUGGGCGUUGGUGCUGAUCAUGAUUCUGAGUGGGUAAGGUCCAUUAUGGAAGAAGUCGGUGGUGCAAAUGAUGGUUCAUGGAGCUUGUUGCCAUACUUGUUCGCCAGCUUCAUGACAUCCAGUGUCUGGAGUAUGACUGCCUUCAAUAUCGAGACAGGUGGCUUCAACAACAACAUUCAUUGCUUGGCAAGGUGCAUUAAUGCAGUAAUUACAGGAAGUGAGUAUGUUAGGAUGGAGCGCGAACACCGGCAAAGACAGUCUUACUUGAAUGGCCAUGUUGGCGAGGCAUUAGAUGCUGACAUACAUAGUCGCUUUUCUGCUGAAGCAAGCAUAAGGUCUUCAAUGCAACUUUUUGUAAAAUUCUCUUCAGGGAUUGUAUUAGAGUCCUGGAAUGAGAUGAACCGAUCUCAUCUGGUGGCUAAACUCAUAUUCUUGGAUCAACUUUGCGAGAUCUCGCCAUUCCUUCCAAGGAGUUCUCUGGAAGCCCAUGUUCCUUACACCAUUCUCCACUCUAUAUACGGCCAAUACUAUGGAAAUACACCAUCAACACCACUGGCAUUGCUAAGCUCGUCACCUCGCCAUUCACCUGCUGUAUCAUUGGCACACUCUUCUCCGGCAUCAAGGCCGCUGCGUGGUGACUCGACUCCUCAGUACGGUGCUAACGACUCGGGUUAUUUCAAAGGGUCCUCAUCUCACAGCCAGGACCACCAUUUCGAUGCCGAUGGCGGGAGCCUCCAUGGUACUGAAAGCAUGCAAAGGAACGUGCGGCGCUCUGGUCCUUUGGGUUAUAGCUCGAGCAGAAAAGUAAAAGUUCCAGAGGGUUCGAGUUCGGAGAGAAGAGGUCCGAGUCCACUGCCUAGAUUUGCAGUAUCUCGGUCCGGUCCAAUAUCAUACAAGUAGAAGAGAGCGGGCGCAUAAACGAAGAGAAGGCUUAGUAAGUUAUGUAAAAUCUGCUCGCGUUCAUCGAUCGCUUACGAUCUGUUGCAUAGCAAUUAGUGCCUUCAUACAUGCGAAUUUAGCGUAGUGAAUUUGUAACGCUGGUUGUAUCUCACAGCUCUUUCUAUGUUUACUUAAAAAUUCCAUUUUCUUC